AUGGUUUACUAUCCGGUGCCCUGGCUGUCGGUGAACCUCUGUGCAAGGAGGGAGAAUGAAGGGGAACUUUCGACUAUCGUACCAUUAACAAUUUAUUAUAGAUUAGUUAAGGCACCGCUAAGCUUUCUGAUGAGAAUUUUCUCUUUCUCCAUUCCACGGGCUGUGUUUCAACAACAAUCUCGAGGAGGACUGACACCAGUUUUGGAGGACAACGCAGGAAACGGAAGGCACUCAUCAUUUUGCCUUUGUCGAAUGGACGACGUAUCCGGUAAAAUUCAUUUCCUCGGUGCGUGUCAGAUGAUGGUCGGUGCAAUGGAGAUGCCUCUUCCUUGUGGAGGCCGCGAGGCAGUCAGUAGUCUUUUCCCGAAUCCUAUUCAACGUGAACAUGAACUUAAUGUUGAAUUUUAUUCAGUGCAAUUACAAUUAAAAAAAUACAUUUACAUCUUCAUUAAAAUUAACCUCAUUAUUUCCAUUGUCACUGGUAGUGAAUACAUUUAUAUAAAAAAGGAUUCAACAUUUCUUUCAAAUAUAGAAGAGCAUAAGAAGCGAAUUAAGCUGCACAACACAUCACACUCACACGUAAUGCAACGCAACCACAAAAAAAACCGCUCGGCAGCACUUGACGGCGAACCAAGCGACUUUGUCUAA